AUGCCGCGUACCACAACAAACGCAGCAUCUGCGUCAACUCGGACUCCUCCAUUCAAUACCUCUUCAGCAUCAUCUUCGUCAUGCCAUCAAAUUAACGAGGAGCCUGUCAUGGCAUCAUCAUCAUUGUACCAAUCGCAAGCCUUCGAUGACAUGAGCUGCUUUUCAUCUGCUCCUGAGGGUAUGAACAUUAUCGACCCCGCCAACCAGCUUUCUAUGCCAGGUGCAGGCAUCAUUUCGACUAGACCGUCGGUCUCAAGAAGCUCCUCAACACAUAGAUUUACGUCAACAAGAACUGAUGCCCCUCCUCAUGCAUCAUCGAGCAGAAGUCGACCGCAGUCCCUCACAAGUCAUGAGCCGCGUCAAUUUGUGGACCAGAAUAACGUCAGGCACCUGAAUGAGCCCUUUACUUCUUCAACGAGUGCUGCUCCAACAUCUGGGAAGCCAGAUCGCUAUGUCAAUAUUAUUCAUGGCGGAAUCUGGGCCACUGAUCCAGAACCACCAGCGCAGGCGGCACACGCCCUCACUAAGGUGCACACCGAAGAUGACAAACGAAGACAACAGUUUCUUCCAACCCUUGAAAACAUUGAACAACUGGUUUCCUAUUAUCAGCAUGGAAGCCAUGCCAACAUCCCAAGGAGCGCUACCGACAGUUUCCACUCCAAUAUCGGAGAAACGGAAACAAAUUAUCAAACAAGAUCCAUCAAGAUGACAUUGAACCGCGAGGAGGGCUCCGGGGGUAACCCCGUCGAGUCUCUUGCUAAGAUCAGACAUAGCAAUGGAGGAAUGACGAAUCAUUGCUCAGAGACACAGGACGGCGACAGACAAGUCGCCACCACUUCUAGAUACCCCCGGAAGCGGAGGUUGUCAAUGGAAAAAAGCAAUGAGGGCAAAACCCCCUCUGCUGCCAAACGGCCACGAAGAGCGUCUCCACUGGUUCGUGGCAGUAGAACGAGCACCUCGGCGCAGGCCGAGGUUUUACAGGGCCAAGAGGGGAGUGUGAGCAGGGUCGCAGCGACCCUGACAGCCGCACCGAGACCCCAGUUACAGCCAGCACAGCCGCGCUGUCUAGCUGAGGGGUUCUCACAAGGGCGUCUGGUAAUCGAGAAGCGUGAGCGCCACCGCAAAAAGGACGGAAGACUCACCUUCCAGGUCAUGCGGCCCACAUAA